ACACACACACACACACGCACACGCACACGCACACGCAGACACAAAGCGCUCAGGGCCCUCGUAUGGACCCUGAUCCCUCCCCUCCCAUCGUCCAGGGCUGUCCGUGCAUCUCAAGUCUCCAGGCUACAGCCCCCUUCUUAGCCUAGGAUCUGCACAGCAUUGAGGGAUCCAGGAACCAACCUCAAGACCGUCAGCAAGCCCAGGUCCAGCCAACCCUACCAUGACAAAUGACUAUCAAGAUUUUCAGCAUCUGGACAAUGAGGACAAUGACUAUCAGCUCCGACAGGUGGCACCCGCCUCGCAGCCGCUGUUUCGGAGGCUCUGCUCGGGACCCUGCCUCCUCCGGCUCUCCCUGGGCCUCGGCCUCCUGCUGCUGGUGGUUGUCUGUGUCAUCGGAUCCCAGAACUCCAGGCUUCGGGCGGAGCUGCAGGCCCUGAGAGAGACUUUCAGCAACUUAACAGCGAGCGCGGAGGUCGAGGUCAAGGCCCUGAGCAGCCAGGGAGGAAGUGUGGGCAGAAAGAUGAAGUCGCUGGAGGCCCAGCUGGAGAAACAGCAGCAGGACCUGAGCGAAGAUCACUCGGGCCUGCUGUUGCACGUGAAGCAGUUCGUGUCGGACCUGCGAAGCCUGAGCUGUCAGAUGGCCGUCCUCUUCCGCAACGGCACGGCGAGGGCCUGCUGCCCGGUCAACUGGCUGGAGUACGAGGGCAGCUGCUACUGGUUCUCCCGCUCCGGGAAGUCCUGGGCCGAGGCGGACCGGUACUGCCAGCUGGAGAGCGCCCACCUGGUGGUGGUGGGCUCCUGGGAGGAGCAGAAAUUUGUCCAGCACCAUAUGGGUCCUGUGAACACCUGGAUGGGCCUCACAGACCAGAGUGGGCUCUGGAAGUGGGUGGACGGGACGGACUACGAGACGGGCUUCAAGAACUGGAGGCCCGAGCAGCCGGACGACUGGUACGGGCACGGGCUCGGGGGAGGCGAGGACUGCGCGCACUUCACCGAAGACGGCCGCUGGAACGACGACGUGUGCCAGAGACCCUACCGCUGGGUGUGCGAGACAGCGCGCGAGCCGGCCAGCUAGGAGCCUCCUCUUCCGUAA